AUGAAAGCCCUAAGCGCAGCGCUUGCUUUGACCAUUGUCGUGACAGCACUGGUGGCUGAUGUUGGAGCCCAAUAUGGCGAUAACGACUAUCGUCAUGACGAUGCCAAGUGUGACGUUGACGGUAACGGCUGGGACUUGCAGAAGCCAAUCUACCCCGGCGGUAAUCCUCCCCUUCCGUGGGGAAUAGGACAUACAUGCGGCGCUUACAGCGAGUGCAAGGAUCACUUGUGCUGUUUGCGGUCAUAUGACGGCACAACCACCUGCCAGCCUAAAUCGGAGCUCGGUCAGUGGUGUUCGGACGAACAAGUCAAAGGCGGCGUCAAUAUAAAUCUGUGUCCAUGCCUAAAAGGUACGUGCAGGGAACACAUCUGCUCCCUUUGA